CCCCAUAUGUCUUGCUAGAUGAGAGGGCCCAAGGAAGGCCCAAAUACAUAGGAAUUGGCCACCGUAAGUAACUCCUAUUACUCUUCCUCCGCCGUGGUGGGAGGACCUGGCAGGCCAUCGUUGCUAAGAACGGAAACCAAGGAUGGUGGUGGGUCUGUUGAACCACCUUUGGCAGAGCCUUCUGGCCACCCACCAAGCCCAAUCAAUCUCAGUGGGUAGAUAAGCAUAUAUAAAGCAAAGCGCCUGUUGCUGUUCAUUGUUUGGUCAAAUUUUCGAACUUCCCAAACUGCCGAUGGUGUGGGUGAGGUGGCAGACAGCAAGGAGGGUUAGGAAUGUAAAAGCAGAAAGAAUGGUGAGGGGGAAGAUCAUGGAGAGAGCAAGAGAAGAGACGGGCGUCUGGCUUCUGCCAACACCAGAAGAGAACAAGGGAGAAAGCAAAAAAAACAGAAGGAAAGAAAAGAAGAAGAAGAGGGAGACGGGAAGAAAUUUACUCUUGUUCAAGUCAGCACGGGUGCAUGAUGGUCGAUUUGAACAGAAAUCGAGUAAACUGAUCAUCCCUGGUACUCUACCAUGGCUUCUAAUUUAUUUCAUUUAUUCUUUGUCAGUCUCUCAGCCUCUCCACUAUCUGGGAUCAGUUUAUAUCCAUAAAAAAUCAAUCUCAGAUAAAGCAGUAUAAAUCACCAGCCGUUUUGAUGUUUACCUGUUGAAGAGCCAAUCCAAGUAUUCAGAUUCCAGUAUAUUUCAGUUAUAAUUUCUUACUAAUUAAGGUUGUUUCAACAAGUUCCCAGCUCUUGCUUAUUUCAAAUACCAUCUACCAUAUCCGAUUACUCAUGUUUAUUUCAUUCUGUUUAUUGGGUUGCUGAAUUUCAAGUUUGCUAUGAUUCAGUCUAUAAGAUACAAGCAAGGAUGUGGUUAAUUUAGUAUAGAAUUGGAAUUGUGUGUUGCAUUAGUUUAUAGUUGCGUUUGCUAUUGACUUUGUGUAAAUAACAGCAACAUUUAGAUUUAUCCUUAAGCUUGAAGUGAUUUUUGGCUCUCUGUAUUGUUGUUUUUAACUUUUCCUUUGGUUAUAUCUCUAUUUUGCUAUUGGUGGCUGUUAACUCAAUUUUUUUUAUUUAAUCCGGGUUUAUUGUUGGACCAUUAGGUGCCUUUUUUGUUUGCCUUUUUAAUAAUAUGAAUCAGCUUAUGCAUAAAAAGGGGAUCUUUUGUUUUUGUUUAUAUUUUUGGUUUACAGCUUUUUGAUUAAUCAUGUUUCUGACCUUCUUCUUAAACUUCCUGCAAAUUAAACAGCCCUUUUUCCCUAUCAGUUUUCAUUUUGCUCUGUUGCAGUUAUAAUGCAAUUCAAAGAAACGAUAGUACAAAAAGCAAGUGGGUUCAAGAACGCGCCUCACGCGCGGAGACCAAAACAGAGAGUUCGAUUCGAGCGCGUUCUCUCCCGGCCGAACGCCGGCGGGCCCCCUGCCGCUGCGUUCCGGUCCGGGAGGGGAGGAGGAUGGAGGCUAGCGGCGAGGCUCUAUGGCGGGGAUCUGGCUCAGGGAUGGAGGUUGGCAGCUUCUACUGGGAUCGGGGCGGAGCUUCGUCUCUUCGUCGUUCGGGGGUGGGAGCUGGCACGGAUUUCCGGCGUCGUGUUAUCUGCCGGCGGGGCUUGAUCUGCCAGAUGCUGCAGGUGUCUGGGCCAAGGAUGGUUUCUUGGCGGUGGUUGGGUCUCGGAGUAAGAUCUCGGAGCUGGGUUUGGGGUUGGAGGGGGAUCUGCAGGUGUGUUUCUGUGUUGUUUCUGGAGCAGUUGGAGUGGCUCUGGGACACAGACGGUCGGCGGCGAACCGUGGAGGCUCUGCGGCAACUGGGGGCUGGGGGACGGUCGCUGAGAUCUCGAUCUAGUCGGUUCUGGAUCGGGUUUCGGGCACCAAUCGGGUUGAAGAAAGGCCUGCACAGUGUCGUGGUGAUGCGGCGGUGCAGGGUUGCUGCGCGGCAGCGACGUGCUACUUGGGGGCGAUCUGGUGCCGGCGCUGGCAGAUCGAUGCUCGCUUGGUGGGCGUCUGCAUUGGGCCUAUGGGAGAGAUGGUGGAUGGGCCGGGCUUCGGCUGUUUGGUUUUGCUGCUGUUUUUUAUUUCAUGCUUAUUUGUUUGUUCUUCUUUCAGUUGUUGCUUUGUCGGUAAUAACCUCCAACCGUGUUCCGGUUGGAGGCAGUGGCCUGAGUGCCAGUGGCCUGUGUGCCAGUCUUUGCACCUUGUGUGCCUUCUCUGCUCUAGGUUGGCGGCGAGUUCCUUGCACUUGCAAAUGGUCGCUGCCUCUUAGUAACAGAGGGAAUUUAAGUGUCACCGGAUGUAAUGUCCGGUGGCAUCAUAAUGGGAAAGCUGUGCAUAUGGUAGUUAUGCUUUGCUGUAGCCGGGCUGCAGACCAAGUUAUCUUUCCGUUGUGUCACCGCUGCGUUACUGCAGUUAAAGCAAAUAGAGUCGCCAGUUGUGCGCUCUUUGCUAGUUGGUGCUUUGUUGAGUACAAGCAUUUAGUAGAAAAUCAGGAUAGUAUUUCAGGAGGUUCUACUUAUUAUAAUCAGGGGUUUAGGCUCUAUGUCCCCCCCCUUGUAUUCGACAGUUUCUUUAAUUAAGGCUAUCAAGGCUUGAGGGCUGCCGCACCGCCCUUUUCUCAAAAAAAAAAAUAAUGCAAUUCAAAGUGAAGAUUUUAACCUACUUUAUAUUUGGUAACUUUUUAUUUCUUCUGAAAUUUCAGAUUCUGAUGCUGUAGAAGCUUUCACCUUUGUGUAGAAUCAGCAACAAGAUGGAGCUAUUACGACAAAAGUAAGCUCUUGGUUAGAUGAUACCCACAAUUGUGCAUUCGACCAACUGCAAGUUAUCAAAGUAAGCGACAUUUCCGGCAUGAAAGCUGAACUAGCACUCAUCAGAAACAACAAUGCAGACAUUCAAGAUUAUGACAUGAAAAUCAGUUGUGUUAUUUCUUUGUUAUUGACAGGUGAUGUCUUCUGUGGAGUUGGUCCAAUAGCUAUCUCUGCAGCAUAGAUUGUAGGACGAGUUUAUGCUACUAAAUAUCUGCAAGGAAAUAGUGGUCUCAACAAACUCGAUAGGAAGAUUAAGAUGCAGAUGGAGUGUCAGAUAACCAUGCACAUCAGGAAAAGAGUUGGCAGCUCCUCGAGUCAACCUAGCGAUGCAACUCUUUUUUAGAACCCGCUUCUCUACCUCUAAUAUAUGCUGUUUGCAACACAAGUUCUAGUAUACAAUCCGAGUUAUUGUCAAGUGAUCUCUGCAAGAUGACGUCAAAUCUCUCAUAAGCAAUGGGGAUGAGUUCCAGUUGGGAACAGUACCGAAAGUAGAUGGAUUUCACAACUUGGAAAGCAUAGUGAGGAAAGAGGCAGCUAAAGCUAGAAUGUAUCAGAGUAAGGCAGAUUGAGCUUGGAAAGGGGUAGAAGAUUCAGGCAAACAUGGUGAAAGUGGAGGAAGAGUAGGUGGAAAGUUUCCAAAUAGUGUUUGCAAGGGUGAGAGAGGAAAAGUGACGGAAGAAACUAGAGGAGCUAAAAAUAUUAGAAGGUUCACAUUGAGAUGAUUACAACAUGAAGACUAUGCAAACUGAGAUUACUGGCUUGUUGGAGAAAAUGGAAGAUAGGUGGGAUAGUGGCAUCAUUUCUAUCAGAGGCAUUAGGAGACGGCCAAGCCAGAAAACGGUCAUCAAUGGGAUUGGAGAGAGGAGCAAUCAUGUCGUCAUCUGACUCCAUUUGGAUGGUCUCCGAUUUCCAAUCCUUACCAAGGUCAUCUUCUGAAGUCCACAACACUGUCUCAGUGAUGAAACCAACCAAUGCUAGUCGUCCCCCAAGGUUCAAUAGUCGCCCACAAGACUCAUCUGAGGGAAUCUGAACUGAUGUUGUAGAGAAUAUUUCUUUCUUGACAUCAAAUGACAGAAUCAGUUUUGCAGAGAGAUUCAGCCAGUGAAUGCUGCCUAUGUGCUGCACGCAUAAAUCUUCCUGCACACACACUUGGCUCUCCAAAACCAAAGGAUAAUAUAGUGAUACGUGGUCUUGGUGCGCGUUCCAUUUGAAGCUCCUGGAGAACAGAAUCAAGCCCCUUGCUGAUUGUCCCCUGUAGUGAUCAGUGCAGGACUCCUCCUGAUGGACCAACUCACCAGUGAAGUUCUGGGUCAAAUCAAAUGCGGUGAGAUUAAUAGCCCUGGUGGAGGCAGCUUCUGCCCUUAUUGGCUCAAUUGGCACAGAAUAAAAUGUCUGAUUUGAGGCAGUCCAUGUGCUGAAGAGUACUGAGUGUCUUCUACUACGACGCAAUGUUUCAUGUUCUGCUUGGAAGGAACGGGACCGAAUUGAGUUAAAAAACCAUUUACUUGCCAUCUGAAAGACGAGGAGGGACUCCGAUGAGCACUGAUCAUGACACGGUGCAAUGCGUCGUGAGAUAGAGGUGAAGCUAUUAAAGCUUCUCGAGUUUCCUCCUCCCCUGCAGCUAGAACUUUUGAACUCUAUGAAAGUAAGAACAUAAAGAGAAGCAGUUAGUGCUAUCAAUCUCAUUUUUGCUGGAAUUUGGUCCAAAAAUUAUAAAGCCAGUUUACUUUUACACAUUUGAAUCA